AUGGCGCUCAAGAUGAUCGACAUCGGCGCGAACCUCACGGAUCCGGUCUUCACGGGCGUCUACCGUGGGAAGCAAAAGCACGAGUCCGACUUGACCGCAGCUUUGGCUCGUGCCAAAGCUUUCGGCGUUGAUAAAAUCAUUGUCACGGGCGGAAACCUCGAGGAGAGCAAAGCAGCUCUGCAACUGGCAAAAAGCAACGAGGGUGAUGGGCUACCGCAACUUUUCUCCACUGUGGGGGUGCACCCGACUCGUUGCAGCGAGUUCGAAGCCGAUGGGCGAGACCCCGACGCCUACUUUGCCGAAUUGUUGGCUGUGUGCGAACAAGGCCAAAAAGAGGGCAAAGUGGUGGCAAUCGGCGAGUGCGGACUGGACUACGACCGACUCGAGUUCUGCGACAAGGAGACGCAACUAAAAUACUUUGAGAAACAAUUCCAAUUGGCGGAACGCACAAAGUUGCCAUUGUUCCUGCACAACAGAAACACGGAUGGAGAUUUCUACGCCAUGAUUGCGAAGCACCGGUCGAGGUUCUCGAAUGGAGUGGUGCACUCGUUUACGGGGGGUAAGGAGGAGAUGCUGAAAUUGGUGGAGUUGGGGCUCUACAUCGGAGUGAACGGUUGUUCGUUGAAGACCGCGGAAAACUUGGACUGCGUUAAGGCCAUUCCCCUUCACCGGUUGAUGAUCGAGACGGACGCUCCAUGGUGCGAUAUCCGUGCAACGCAUGCUGGUCACGGCCACGUGAAAACCUCGUGGCAAAGCAAAAAGGCGGAGAAAUACUCCCCCGACUGUCUCGUCAAAGGACGCAACGAGCCGUGCACCCUCAUCCAGGUGCUGGAGAUCAUCAGCGCGAUUCGAGGCGAAGACCAGGACCACGUCGCUGCCACAGUUCUGGAAAACACACUUCAAGUGUUCUUCAAAAGCGCGUAA